GUCACUUUUUCAUUCCCUGCAGAGGACUGAAAAUGGCGCAUUGGCCAGCAGCUCUCAUCCUUGUGGUGUCUUUGACACUCUGUAAUGGCGCCCCCACAACAACACCAUCAACAGAAGACCGUGAAAUAGCAGAGGCGUAUUUGUCGCAGUUCUACAGGGACUCUAAAGCAGCUAAAACCCUCGGCAGAAUGUUUGUUUCAAAUCUGGAAAAUGAACUGAAGGCCAUGCAGUCGUUUUUUGGACUGGAGGUCACAGGUCAGCUGGACUCAAACACUCUGACGACGAUGAAGCUGCCUCGCUGUGGAGUCACCGAUGUGGCCAGAUUUGGACACUUCGAGGGGAAGCCCAGGUGGAAGCAGAGCGUUGUAACUUACAGGAUAACUGAAUAUUCAACACAGCUGAGUCAGAGAGAGGUGGACUCCACUAUCGCUAAAGCCUUCCAGCUAUACAGUGACGUCAUUCCUGUAGAUUUCAAGCAGAUCUUCAGUGGCACGGCAGAUAUCAUGAUACUCUUCAAAGGGGGACAUCAUGGAGAUUUUUACCCCUUUGAUGGGCCGAAUGGUGUUCUAGCUCAUGCAAACUCCCCCGGCCCAGAGCAGGGAGGAGACACACACUUUGAUGAUGAUGAAAAAUGGAGCUUAAGUUCACACAACAUAAACCUGCUUUUGGUGGCGGCUCAUGAAUUCGGGCAUGCACUGGGACUCGAUCACUCCAGAGACUCUUCGGCUUUAAUGUAUCCAACUUACAGAUAUGUCAGUACAAACGCAUAUACUUUACCCCGAGAUGACCGACUUGGGGUUCAGGCUUUGUACGGUGUUCGAGCAUCAACAAAUAAACCUGAACCUAAACCUGAACCAAAACCAAACCCACAACCUGCACCAAGCCCACCAGAACCAUGCAAGCGUGACUUGAUAUUUGACGCAGCAACCAGAAUCCGAGGGGAAUUGUACUUUUUUAAAGAUAGGUAUUACUGGAAGAAGGGCUACUACAGUGGACUUACACUACUUGAAAUAAAAACCACCUGGCCAUCCAUCGACUCUGUUGAUGCUGCCUAUGAGUUCCAGGACAAAGGCACAAAUUUUCUCUUCAAAGGUCAGCAGUUCUGGGCAGUAAAAGGCAACACUAUACUGUCUGGAUACCCCAAACCCAUAUCCACAUAUGGCUUUCCAUCAAGUGUGAAUAAGAUUGACGCAGCCGUACAUGUGAAAUCAACUGGUCGCACUUUGUUUUUUGUUGGGAGCAAAUACUGGAGCUUCAAUGACAGAAUGGGUAAAAUGGACAGAGGCUUUCCUAAAUCCAUCAGUGCUGAUUUUCCUGGCAUCGGCUCAAAGGUGGACGCGGCUUUUGAAAACUAUGGUUAUCUGUAUUUCUCAGACGGUGCAAGGCAAACAGAGUAUAUCUUUGCCUCAAGACGAGUGAAUCGUGUUUUAUUGAACUACGGAUGGCUGGAUUGCUACUAAACUAUAAAACAAAAUGUAGACAUCUUGUCAUGUUUCAGUAAUCCUGAGUAUUUGUAAUACUACUUUCUACUUUUUUUUUUAAACAGAGCCUAAAUGUGAUACUAAUUAUAGUAGGAAAAGGUGAAUGCAUAUUUUUUUGCAAAUGAAAUAAUCAUGUUAUACAGUACUAUGUACACAAAAGUGUUGUUUUCAAUAUACCCUUUUUACACCCUGUUAAUAAAACUUUUAAAAUAC